AUGAAGAGGAUCAAGACGUGUACCCUGAAGAAAGAUAGGAUAAUAUUUCAGAGAAGAGAGGUCAGCUCCUCUGAACAUAGCUGUGUGCCGCUGUGCAGCUCCUCUCUUAUCCAGUCUGUCAUUCCACUCUUUCCCUGCCGAUGAUGAGCUACGAAAGAAGUGGGUGAUAAUAUCUGGCGAGAACUUCACCAUUGGGAAAAGCUCUAAGGUCUCUGGCAGACAUUUCCUUCCUGAAGAUGUAGUUGAGCCAACUCCGGGAGAGCUGCAUCAUCUGAGGAAGGAGGCAGUGCCUCUUCUUUUCCAUUGGAACAAUUAUGUUCUUCCCUCAAGGCCGAGUGUUUGGGAGAAGAGAGAGAAAUGGCACAUCGACGAUGCAGAGGAUGGUGGAGAUGAAGUUGAUGAUGAUGAUAUGGACUGUGUUCCCAGAACCACAACUACUGUGCAGUACCUGAGCCAGCAGCAGUUGACUUGGCUGUUGACUUGGCCUGGUCUGAACAGGAGGAGUUGCAGAGUGAGAUAGAUAGCUAGGCUUGGGAGAGAGCUGGAAGAGAUAACAACUUCUGACUGUCUUGAUCUGCAGGGUUUGUGGGAUCAGAUGAGGACAUAGGAUUCUACACUAGGAAGGUUGAUGACUCUAAACCAACAUAACUUGUAUUGUAUGGUAUCAAUAGGUAGUUGAUGAUGAAAUGUAUGCUAUUGCUGAGACCUUAUCAGUCCUCUAUUGUUUCAUUCUUCCAACAGAUUUUCCAGUUAUGACCAUCUUGUAGCUUUUUGGAGACUGAUUGAGCCAGCAACUGCCAAGCUUGUGUGCGUUACUCGAGCAGCAAGAGCAACUCAGAGGAAUAAGGUCACUUUUCAAUCCAAGUACUCCGUAAGAGUUUGAUCGUUUUCAAGUAGUAAAUCAGUUGCAACAUUGUGUUAUUAUCAAUAAUCAUUUUCUUGAGAAUGUGAUGUAUGUUAAAUGAAAUACACAAUACAACAAUAUACACUGAGUGUACAAAACAUUAAGAACACCUGCUCUUUCCAUGACAUAGACUGACCAGGUGAAUCCAAGUGAAAGCUAUGAUCCCUUAUUGAUGUCACUUGUUAAUUCCACUUCAAUCAGUGUAGAUGAAGGGGAGGAGACAGGUUAAAGAAGGAUUUUUAAGCCUUGAGACAAUUGAGACAUGCUUUGUGUAUGUGUGCCAUUCAGAGGUAAAUGGGCAAGACAAAAGAUUUAAGUGCCUUUGAAAGGGGUAUGGUAGUAAGUGCCAGGUGCACCUGUUUGUGUCAAGAAUGGCAACGCUGCUGGGUUUUUCACACUCAACAGUUUCCGUGUGUAUCAAGAAUGGUCUACCACCCAAAGGACAUCCAGCCAACUUGGCGAAGCAUUGGAGUCAACAUGGGCCAGCAUCCCUGUUGUACGCUUUCGACAUCUUGUAGAGUCCAUGCCCUGACGAAUUGAGGCUGUUCUGAGGGCAAAAAGUAUUAAUUAGGAAGGUGUUCUUAAUGUUUUGUGUACAUCAAAUACACACACGAUGCAUCCACAGUCAAGCUCCUGAAAGCAUUAUGCUUCCACCUACAAAAUGGCUGUGCAGGCCCUAUAAAACUAAUAACAAUGAUGUGAUAAAAAUGUACAGCAAUGACAUCGAACUAAUCAAUUAUAGUUCACACUGUAUGUUGACUGUGUUUACAGAUACAGACGUUGCAGCAAGUGGAUGAGCUAUUCCUCUUCCUCACACAUCUCGCUCUGGGGUUGAAGGACAGAGACCUGGGCCAACACUUUCACAUCCAUCCCUCUACAGUCAGUAGGAUCAUCAUCAUCACUUGGGCCAACUUCCUAUACACGCUGGAAGUGAAGGCCAACUUGCCGGAGGAAUUUAAAAGCUACCCAGACACGCAGGUCAUUGUUGACAGCACCUCUCUUCUGCUGCAGAGUGAGAUGUUCUCCAACUACAAAUCCCACCGCACAAUGAAGGCAUUAGUGGGAAUAGCUCUUCAUGGACGAUCACCUUUGUGUCCUCACUGUACACAGGCACAAUCAGCGGCAAAGACAUUUUCAAACAGUCAGGCAUCCAACACCUUCUCACGAGGACAUGGCAGUAAUGGCCAACAACGGGUUCCCCAUCAAUGACCUUGUACCAGAGAAGGUCUAACAUCCCCCAUUCCUCUCAAAACAGAACCAAAUACUAACAGCAGAAGUUCAUCAGACAGAAGAGAUCGCUUGCCUGAGGAUCCAUGUGGAGCGGGUGAUUCGGAGGGUUAAGGAGAACAAGUUGUUUGACGCCAACAUUCCCCUAGCUAUUGCAGGAAGCAUCAACCAGCUCUUCACUGUGGCAUGCCUGCUCUCCAACUACCAGUGUAGAGCUCUUGUCAAGAAAUGGGCCAAGGAGGUGUGA